AGACAACAAUCCUUCAUCGACUUCUUUGGUUUAUAGCCACGAGGUUUUAGCAAUAUUUCAAUUUAUUAGUGAAAUAAUAUAAGAAUUAUUCGUAUUCUAUUAAUAAAAUGCCACAUAGUAAUUCAUUGCCGCCAAAAGAAAAUGCUCUUUUUAAAAGGAUUUUGCGUUGCUAUGAACAUAAACAAUACAAAAAUGGGUUGAAAUUUGCCAAACAAAUACUAUCUAAUCCAAAAUUUGCGGAACAUGGAGAGACACUGGCUAUGAAAGGUUUGACAUUAAACUGUCUUGGUCGUAAAGACGAGGCUUAUGAAUACGUACGUCGUGGCCUCCGUAACGAUCUGAAGUCGCCCGUCUGCUGGCAUGUGUAUGGUCUGCUACAGAGGUCUGAUAAGAAAUACGACGAGGCCAUCAAAUGUUAUCGGAAUGCACUCAAAUGGGAAAAGGAAAACAUCCAGAUUCUUCGUGACCUUUCUUUGCUUCAAAUUCAGAUGAGAGAUUUAGAAGGCUACAAAGAUACUAGGUACCAACUGUUUAUUCUGAGGCCGACGCAGAGAGCUUCAUGGAUAGGGUUUGCGAUGAGUUACCACCUCCUCGGAGAUUAUGAGAUAGCAAACAGUAUCUUGGAUGCUUAUCGUACAAAUCAGAUGAAGGGCCCUUAUGAUUAUGAACAUUCUGAAUUGUUACUCUACCAAAACAUGGUUCUUGCGGAAUCCGGUCAAUACGACAGGGCUUUGCAGCAUCUCCAUAAGUUCCAAAGUCAGAUUCUAGAUAAGCUUUCAAUUAAAGAAACCUCUGGGGAAUAUUAUUUGAAAUUAAAGAGGUUUAAAGAUGCGGAAGCUGUUUAUGAGGAUUUAUUAAAAAGGAAUCCCGAGAAUGUUAUGUAUUAUCAGAAAUUAGUAGAAGCCAAACAGCUUAGUGAUCCUGAUGAAAAAGUGGCCUUUUAUGAUGUAUAUAAGAAGGAGUAUCCGAGAGCAAUAGCACCCCGGCGGUUGCAGCUUACCGAGGCCUGCCUGCCAGCCUUUGAAUCUUUAGUAGAUGAGUAUCUUCGUCACGGACUACAUAAAGGAAUCCCGCCGCUAUUUAUGGAUUUAAGAUCAUUAUAUGCGGAUCAGAGUAAAGCGGACACUAUAGAGAAGUUAAUAGAACAAUAUAUGGAUUGUUUAUCAAAGUCCGGUACAUUUGGACCUAAAGCUGAUGAAGUCAAGCAGCCGGCUAGUGCAUUGCUGUGGACUUACUACUUUGCAGCCCAGCAUUAUGAUUAUAAACAGGAUACGGACAGAGCACUGAAGUACAUAGAUGCAGCUAUAGAUCAUACACCGACAUUGAUAGAGCUUUAUAUUGUUAAGGGAAGGAUUUACAAGCAUGCCGGUGACCCAGUUCGAGCUUAUGGUUGGCUUGAAGAGGCUCAAGCUAUGGACACAGCAGACCGAUAUGUGAACAGCAAAUGCGCUAGAUACAUGCUGAGGGCUGGACACGUACAAAGGGCGGAGGAUAUGUGUGCCAAGUUCACAAGAGAAGGUGUACCAGCUACUGAGAAUCUUAACGAGAUGCAGUGCAUGUGGUUCCAGACGGAGGCUGCUGCGGCGUACCAAAGACUUAAACAAUGGGGCGAGGCGUUAAAGAAGGCCCAUGAAGUUGAUAGGCAUUUCUCAGAAAUAAUGGAGGAUCAAUUCGACUUCCAUUCAUACUGUAUGCGCAAGAUGACGCUGCGAUCGUACGUCGGCCUGCUCAGGCUCGAGGAUGUUCUUCGAGCUCAUCCCUUCUACUUCCGGUGUGCUCGCGUCGCCAUACAAGUAUAUCUGCGACUCUACGCACAUCCGUUGCAGGACGUGCCACAAACACAGGAGCCAGAUACAGAGAAUCUGGCGCCUUCAGAACUCAAGAAACUUAGGAAUAAACAGAGGAAAGCCAAGCGUAAAGCUGAACAGGAGAUAGCGCUGGCGGCACAGGUUCAGGUGAAACGCGAACAGCAUCACAAAGCACGGCAGCAGCAGGAGCAGGGAGACCCUGAGGCUCCACAACUGGAUGAGCUGGUGCCAGACAAGCUGGCCAGGGUCGAGGAUCCUUUGGAACAGGCGCUCAAGUUCCUGCAACCCCUCCGCACUCUGGCCGCAGAUAGAAUAGACACACACCUCAUGGCCUUCGAAAUAUAUUUCAGGAAAGAGAAACCUCUCCUCAUGCUGCAGAGCAUCAAGCGCGCGUGGCGGUUGGACCCUUCACACGAACACCUCCACGACUGCCUGCUCCGCUUCAGGAGCUGGUUGGACGAGAAGCACGACUCGCUGGCACAGAGUGUGACCGCCGUUAUAAACACUGAGAUGCAACCCAUGUUCCGAGGUCGAAGUGCUCAGACGAUGGCCGAAGAGUUCAUAAGUGGACCGUUCAGGUCACAGAGAGCGGCGCUGUGGGGUGCGAGGGCCAUGUGCCGCGUCCAGCCCGCACGCACGCAGCAGGCACUACAGCUGGCCACCAGGCUAGACCUGCCCGGACUCUCCAUACAGGGUUGUGUGGAAGUGCUAGACAGUCUCAAAGAAGGUGAUUUUGGUGCUUGUGAAAAAGAAAUAGAACAAUACACGGAAGCGUGUAGAGCCAAGUAUCCUUACGCGCUGGCAUUCAAACCCGCUAACGAGAACCACGAGGACACGGCGCUGCAACCCAAAGAAAUUAUCCUAGACAGCUGUAACCCCGACGAACAGACGAACAUUAUGUAAACGUCACUUUGACAGUGCGAUCAGCUGAUUGUCAUAUCACGUCACAAAGUUGGCCGGUUUGUAAUGGUGUUGAGUCAGUUACACACAGACGGUUUAUGAUAACAUACAAUAUUCUCAGUUUCGUUUUGUGAAAUAAAUUGCUCAUGUGACUAUAUAUAAUAUUAAAUAAAACGUAACUCAACAGAAUUGAUGGAAAUUGUAAUAGAAUUUGGUUUCUGUGAAAUUUGUUAUUUCAAAUUCAAAAUUGUAUCAUCGGAAGCUAAUGUUUCUGCAUUAUAAUUAUCUUUUAUUUAUAUUUGAAUACACGAAAACUAUUUGUUGUGGUGUGUAGAAUUGGUUUUAGUAAAUCCUAUGUGAAAAUACUCAUGCAUUGGGUUUGUAUGGGCCUUCAUGUUUCUUAAUAAUAAUUUAACACAAACAUGUUCCUCAACAUUAGACUAAGUCUUGUUCUGUUCCAAUAUAAAUAUCUGCUUCAAAAAGUCAAUCGAUUCUUUCCUUCUAGUCUUCUUUUCGGAUUGCAGUGAAAUAAAAUAUAUAAAUUUGUCAAUUUUAUUAUACAUGAAAGCCAGGCCUCUUGUGUUCAAUAAUAAAAUGUUAUAUUUAAAAUUCAAAACGAUUAGCUGGUGUUUAUCUUGUAAAAUGUAUGACGGAUUGUACCUCACGCAAUAUUGACUGUACUGAGGUAGCGCUUGUAAAUAAUUCGUAUUAUUAAGUUUUUACUGUACAAUAACCAUUAUCCCAGUCUUUUUGACUUGAAAAUUAUUGACUGUAUGGGGGUCUAGGAGAGUGUUUUAGAAUUGUUUGUUUGACAAUCACGGAAACAGCUGUAUUGAUUUUGUUAUGUAGAUAUUUGUAAAGUUUGGACAAUAAUUUUUAAUAAUAUCAUCAUAUGACUGUACCAAAAUUUUCAGUGAUUUUUUUUUUAUCAUCAAUUACAGAACCGGCAGCAACCUUGAGGAAAUUUUAUUUGAAUAAGGCUUUUAUAAAUUUCCCUUGUUCCGACACCACCUGCUUAAUAUAAAUGUCUCAUUGAGUUAGGGCGAUGACGGUUUUUCUGUUCAGUUUUGUGUGAUUGGAGUAUUUUGUACCCUGUCUUGUACAUAGAGUAAUAAAAUUUUAUUUUACAAAUUUA